AUGUCAACCAUACAAUCCCCACCACCAAAAUCCCUACAGUCAAGUUAUUCAGCCGCUUCACCAGCUCCCACAAAUGCCUAUGUGAAACCAGGUUUGAUAGGUAGUCCCGCUGUUAGUAACCACACCGAGCCUAAUAAUGACAACAAUGACAGUGCAGAACCUCAGGGAUCAAACCAAAGAAUUGAUUUGGGUGCUAUGAUCGAAGAAUUAACCUCACUUUUGGGGAAAGAAAGUUGGACGAAAUAUGCUCAAAUAAUCAGUCUUUUCAUUUUAGGGAAGUUAUCUAGAAAGGAACUUUCUAAUGAGUUAGAACUGCUAUUUUCAUCAAGUCUCACGAACUUGGAGAAAUCAAACACACAUCAUCACCAUAGUUUAGUACGACUUCAUAACCAACUUUUACUAGGAAUAUUUGCAAAUUCUUUACGUGAAAACCCCCUUGGCAGGAACGGUAAUGAGAGUUCCUGGGGUUUUGGUAAUGGAAGCAACAAUCCAAACAAUAGAAUGAAAAAAACAAAUAAGCAUAAUUCCCAAAUUGAAGUUUAUAAGAAGAUUGUCAUGUCUUUACCCAUAAAUGAUCGAAACAGACUAAAGAUGAUCACAAAAGAGGCUGGCAAAAGAGGAUUUAUCUUCUGCUCUGUGUUUCAGGCCAGAUUAAACAAUAUACCGAAGAUCCCCAUUGUGACCAAUCCAGAAAGUUUGAAACGUGUUAAGAGUAAUAACUUGAAAACGCCGUUAGAAUGGUCACAAGAUAUAAUGAACGGGUUCAACGUUCCUUUAGCAAGUGAAAGUCACUCUUUACCGGACACAGAUUCAUUUUAUUUAAGAAUGGUUGGUAUAGCAAGAGAGCAUGGGUUAGUAGGUACAGUGGAUGCACGCUGCGUAGAUCUUAUAUCACUGGCACUGGAUCAAUAUUUGAAGAAUAUAAUAGAGUUUACCAUCGAUACAGUCCGUUAUAGAAGGAAAAAGUAUUCAGACUAUUACGAUUUGAAUGAAAGUGGACUUUAUAAGUCAGUAUCGGAGAUGGCCGCCGAUAGACGCGAUGCCAAAAUCAAGCAAUCGGAAGAUGACAAAGAUGAAAAUGGCCAUGCUGAUAAAACUAACAAUAGUAACAAUAACAAUCACAGUGUUACGGAUGAUAUUGGCGACGUAUCGAUGAGCAGCAUCACAAAGGCGGGCGAAGGAGUUCACGAAGAAUUAUACGAAAAUAGAACGAUAUCAUUAACGAAUGAAGAUAUAUAUGAUUCGUUAUCUAUAUUUCCGAAUUUGGUAGAACCUUCAGGUUCGUACUAUGCAUUAACUAAUUUAGGGUUGGUUAAUGACAAUGAACUAGUAGAUAUGAAAAGCAGUAUUGACGAUUUGCCAGAUUUCUUGGAUGAAAAGCCGACUUUCACUCCGUUAGACGAAAAAAAUGUUGGUACCAGGCAUGAAUUAAAUUGGCUUAUCAAAGGGAUUUUAACAGAAGAUUGA